UUUUAGCGGGUUGUAAAUUGUAUGAAGAACAAAUACAAAAAAUGCUUUUAUGCGAUAUACGUCGUACACCGAUGAUGGGGGAGAUUUGUGGAUACAUAAGAAAUCGGGCCCUGGUCACCUAUUGCUGGCUAUUGCACUGAUCCAACACUGUUUAUGAACACUAUCACUACGGGAACUAUUUCGCUAAUGGCUGGAGCAGUGAUCGUGAAUAAUACGUCCAGUUGAAAAUAUGACGAAAUUUAGUCGAAUCUCUCUACAAACAUGAGGGGAUCUAAUACUAUUAUGCAGCAUAAAAUUUAAAGUGUUCAAAAGGUUAAAAUGAAGCUGGUAUUGAAGGCGUUAAAAGGAAGCUGAAGCGAAUGCUAUUGAAGUUAAAACAUUUCCGUCGGACGACGUAGCUUGUGCACAUAUAACUGACAUGGGGACGCAUGAAAAAACUGGUGGUCUCAACAUCAAGUUGGUGUUCACUGCAUUCAUCAUUUGCUUUGGAUCAUCAUUCAUCAUCGGCUACAACAUCGGCGUUCUAAAUCAACCUGCAAAGAUAACAAAAGAGUUCUUCAACUUGACAUACAACUUUUACCGGCGUCCCAAUGCCGACUACAGUGUGAAUGGCACGGACAAACUUAUUUCACAGAGAGACCUCACAACACUCUGGAGUCUGGCCACAACCGUCUAUCUAGUUGGAUGUAUGUUGGGCAACAUUUGCGUCGGGGUCAUCGCAGAGAAGAUAGGAGAGAGAUGGUCUCUCGUAUUUGCAUCGCUAUUUGCGUUCAUAGGCAGUGCCAUUAUGACCCCUACACUGGUCGCUAGAUCGCCAGAGAUGCUAAUUAUCGGUCGUUUCUUCAUAGGGAUAAAUGACGGAUUAUCUAUGGGUCUCGCCCCUAUAUUCCUCUCUGAGAUCACACCAGUCCACCUAAGGGGAUCAUUGGCGACGUGCCAUCAGCUGGGCAUCACCAUCGGUGCCCUUUCCACGGCUAUCCUUGGUUUGAAGCAACUUUUAGGAACUGCCGAUCGGUGGCCAUAUCUGUUACUUCUGAACAUCAUCCCAGCUUCAGUAUCUCUGUUUGUUCUUCCCUUCCUACCUGACUCUCCACGAUACCUCCUUCUCACCAAGAAUGAGCCUUCUCUAGCGAGGAAAUCUUUGCAAUUCUACCGUAACAGAGAGGAUGUUGAUGCCGAUUUGAAUGAGGUAGAGACCGAAGCACGUGAUGCUGGCAUACAAUAUACCAUGAAGCAAGUGUUGACUGAUAGAAGUCUCCGCUGGCCACUGUUCAUCGUAGUCUUUCUAAACAUCGCCCAGCAAUUGUCCGGUAUCGAUGCUAUUUUCUUUUAUUCUGAAAUGAUCUUUGAGAUCGCACAAGUUGAAGAUAUCCAAAUGGCUAUUGUUUUUACAAAUAUAGUUCCUGUUGUCACGACAAUGGUUUCCGUUGUAUUGAUUGACAAGAUGGGCCGCCGUAUGUUGCUCCUACUCUCGACGACUAUAAUGAUGCUAUCUUGUAUUCUCAUAACUACCUCCAUCAGCCUACAGGCACUGGUCCCCUGGAUGAGCUAUGCGUCUAUUGGAUUUGUCAAUCUCUACUCUGUUGGAUACGCCCUCGGUCUAGGUGCUAUACCUCUAAUGAUUGGAACAGAGUUGUUUAGGCAAGGCCCUAGACCACAAGCAAUGGCUAUUGGAGGCCUCGUCAAUUGGUUAUGUGACCUUCUUGUCAGUAUAGGCUUUCCCCUUCUAAACGGAGUUCUGAAACAGUACACCUUUCUAAUUUUUAUGACGUUUCUGAUUGUAUUUAUCGUGUUCAUAUUCUUCAAAGUGCCGGAGACUAAGAAUCGAACAAUUGAGGAAAUUGCCCAAGACUUUGAUACUCGUACGUCAAAUGAUGAUGAAGCUACACCAUUGAACACUACAGUUGAGUGGAACAGUGUUGUGGAAGCGAAAUGAUGUAAUAGAUAUUAAAUAGAUGCAAGAUACCUUGGCGUAUGGCGUAACCCACCUAUCCAAGAGUGAUACCACUUGCACACCAACUGUCUUCAUGUGGAUGAUAUAUAUACGUGUAAUAUCCCAACAAUUACAAACGAAGUUAUGUAGGGAUAAAGUGAAACUUCUGUCUAUCAUUUUAUGAAUAUUAUUUUAUGACAUCUCUCAGAUUCAGGAAAAUGUGAUCGAGGGCAUCAUAUUUUGUGAAUUGAAAUUUGAUAGACAAUAAGGUUGGCAUUUUAGUAAAUAAAAUUACUGAGGUUAACACAAAUGAGAAGUAACAAAGGGAGACAAUGAAACAUUUUAUAAAUACUUUUAUUAAGUUUUGAAACUAAGUUAUCACUAAGCGCAUUUUCUACAUAGAUCUAAUAAAUAAAUGCUAC